CAAAAAAUGCUGCAUAGAGAGAAAGAGGAAGUCUCCCCUGCUGAGUGUGCAAGAGGAAGCAGAAGAUUCUGAGGGCCUGUAAGCCAUAAUGACUGUCUUACCCAUGAGCCAAUUACAGAGGCAACAGGAAGACCAGCACACCAACCAGCCUGGGUCCCUCUGCUGAGAGGGUGUCACCACCCAAGCUGAAAGUGUUUGGGGGAGAUCGGACUCUGCUGUUUGGGCGCUCCUCUUUCUCUGUGGCCAUCAUGUCGCUAACCUCUGCCUACCAGCAUAAAUUAGCAGAGAAGCUCACGAUCUUGAAUGACCGGGGCCAGGGGGUUCUCAUCCGUAUGUAUAACAUCAAGAAGACUUGUUCAGACCCCAAAUCCAAGCCAUCUUUCUUACUGGAAAAGUCCAUGGAGUCGUCUCUUAAGUACAUCAACAAGAAAUUCCCCAACAUAGAUGUCCGAAACAGCACGCAACACUUGGGACCAAUACAUCGGGAGAAAACUGAGCUAAUUAGAUUCCUCACCAACUACUACCAAUCGUUUGUGGAUGUCAUGGAAUUUCGGGAUCAUGUAUAUGAACUUCUCAACACGAUUGAUGCCUGCCUGUGCCAUCUUGAUAUUAAUCUCAACUUUGACUUCACUCGGAGUUAUCUGGACUUGAUUGUGACUUACACCUCAGUAAUUUUACUCCUAUCACGUAUUGAGGAUCGACGUAUACUCAUUGGCACCUAUAACUGUGCCCAUGAGAUGUUGCACGGGCAUAGUGACUCAAGUUUUGCCCGUCUGGGACAGAUGGUAUUAGAGUACGACCAACCUUUGAAGAAACUGACAGAGGAGUUUUACCCUCACACAAAGACUGUGAGUGGAGCCCUCCUGUCUUUGCACUUCCUCUUUGUCCGAAGGAACCAAGGGGCUGAGCAGUGGCGCGGUGCCCAACUUCUAAGUCUUAUCAGCACCCCUCCAGCCAUGAUUAACCCUGCUAAUUCAGACACAAUGGCCUGUGAGUACCUGUCUGUGGAAGUGAUGGAGCGCUGGAUUAUUAUUGGGUUCCUUCUCUGCCAUGGGUGUCUCAACUCUAAUAGCCAGUGCCAGAAGCUGUGGAAGCUAUGUUUGCAGGGCUCCCUGUACAUCACCCUCAUCCGGGAAGACGUGCUCCAGGUGCACAAGGUCACUGAGGACCUGUUGAGCAGUUUCAAAGGGUAUGGCAAGCGAGUGGCUGAUGUGAAGGAAAGCAAGGAAUAUGCAGUUGCAAACAGUGGGCAGUUUCACUGUCAACGACGGCAGUUUUUACGGAUGGCAGCAAAGGAGCUAGAAACUGUGUUAACUGAUGAACCAGGACUGCUGGGUCCCAAGGCCCUUUUUGCUUUCAUGGCCCUUUCUUUUAUUCGUGAUGAGGUCACCUGGCUGGUUCGCCACUCAGAAAAUGUCACCAAGACAAAGACACCUGAGGACUAUGCCGACUCGAGCAUCGCAGAGUUGCUUUUCUUGUUGGAGGGUAUUAGGUCUCUGGUCCGAAAACACAUCAAAGUGAUACAGCAGUACCAUCUUCAGUAUCUGGCCAGAUUUGAUGCUCUUGUGCUCAGUGACAUCAUCCAAAACCUGUCAGUAUGCCCUGAGGAGGAGUCAGUUAUCAUGUCCUCAUUUGUCAGCACUCUCUCGUCUCUGAAUCUCAGACAAGUUGAUGAUGGAAAGACAUUUGAAUUCUCUGGCUUGAGACUGGACUGGUUCCGUCUACAGGCGUAUACCAGUGUGGCUAAGGCUCCCCUGCAUCUGCAUGAGAACCCUGACUUAGCUAAGAUUAUGAACCUAAUUGUUUUUCACUCCCGAAUGCUGGACUCAGUAGAGAAAAUGCUGGUGGAAACUUCUGACCUGUCUAUUUUCUGCUUCCAUCUCCGGACUUUUGAGAAAAUGUUUGCAAUGACCCUGGAGGAACCUUCCAUGUUGCGCUACGCUAUUGCUUUCCCCCUGAUCUGUGCUCAUUUUGUCCAUUGCACUCAUGAGAUGUGCCCAGAGGAGUACCCUCACCUGAAGAACCAUGGCCUUCAUCAUUGCAACUCCUUCCUGGAAGAGUUGGCCAAGCAGACUAGCAACUGUGUGCUGGAGAUCUGUGCUGAACAGCGAAACCUGAGUGAGCAGCUUCUACCUAAGCACUGUGCCACCACCAUCAGCAAGGCCAAGAACAAGAAAGCCAUGAAGCAGAGGCAGACUCCCAAAAAGGGCGAGCCUGAGAGGGACAAGCCAGGAGCUGAGAGUCACCGGAAGAACCGCAGUGUUGUCACCAACAUGGACAAGCUCCAUUUAAGCUUGACAGAACUGGCACUGACAAUGAAUCAUGUACACAGUUUCACUGUAUUUGAACACAUUAUCUUCCCUUCAGAGUAUCUCAGCAGCCAUCUGGAGGCCAGACUCAACAGAGCUAUUGUGUGGCUGGCUGGCUACAACGCCAGUACCCAAGAGAUUGCAAGGCCUUCUGAGCUAUUGGCAGGAGUCAAAGCAUACAUCAGUUUCAUACAGUCACUGGCCCAGUUUUUGGGGACAGAUGUUUCCAGAGUCAUCCGCAAUGCCCUCCUGCAGCAGACACAGCCACUGGACUCAUGUGGGGAGCAGACAAUCACCACACUCUACACAAACUGGUAUCUCGAAAGUCUGCUUAGACAGGCUAGUGGUGGGACCAUUAUCCUCUCUCCAGCCAUGCAAGCCUUCAUCAGCCUCCCUAGGGAGGGGGAGCAGAACUUCAGUGCAGAGGAGUUCUCUGACAUCUCAGAGAUGCGGGCCUUGGCUGAACUCUUGGGCCCCUAUGGCAUGAAGUUCCUGAGUGAAAACCUGAUGUGGCAUGUGACCUCCCAGAUUGUGGAGCUGAAGAAGCUGGUUGUGGAAAACAUGGAUGCACUUGUUCAGAUCAGAUCCAACUUCAGCAAGGCGGACUUAAUGGCUUCUCUGGUGCCCCAGCUGAUAGGGGCUGAUAACGUACUAAAGCGCAUGACCAUCAUUGGUGUUAUUCUCAGCUUUAGAGCCAUGGCCCAGGAGGGACUUCGGGAGGUUUUCUCUUCCCACUGCCCAUUUCUUAUGGGUCCCAUUGAGUGCCUGAAGGAUUUUGUCACUCCAGACACAGACAUCAAGGUGACCCUGAGUAUCUUUGAGCUGGCAUCUGCUGCAGGAGUGGGCUGUGAUAUUGACCCAGCCCUGGUGGCUGCAAUUGCUAAUCUGAAAAAUGACACAUCAUCCCCCGAGGAAGACUAUAAGGUGGCCUGCUUGCUCUUCAUCUUCCUUGCUGUUUCCCUCCCACUCCUUGCCAGUGACCCUUCUUCCUUCUAUAGCAUUGAGAAGGAUGGUUACAACAACAAUAUUCACUGCUUGACCAAAGCCAUUAUCCAGGUGUCUGCUGCCCUCUUCACACUCUACAACAAGAACAUUGAAACUCACCUCAAGGAAUUCCUGGUGGUGGCAUCCGUCAGCCUCCUGCAGCUGGGCCAGGAGACAGAUAAGCUUAAAACCAGAAACCGGGAAUCCAUUUCUCUGCUCAUGCGCUUGGUGGUGGAGGAAUCAUCCUUCCUGACCCUGGACAUGCUGGAGUCCUGUUUCCCUUAUGUCCUGCUUCGAAAUGCCUAUCGGGAAGUAUCCCGGGCCUUUCACCUGAACCGAGUGCCAGCUAACACCCACUGAAGUGCCUUUGGGAUCCACCUAAACCCACGACUCACUGGAUGCUGUGGCCAUUUUCUCCAGGGGUGGGAAUGAGGCAGAGUCACAGAGAGAGGGGCAGGAGGAGCAGAGCUGAGAGACAGUUCAGAGGAAGAGCCCAGAGCUGAGAAAUUACAGAGAAGUGGGGGAGGGGUGGGCAGACAGUUCAUAGAAAAAGGGGAUGGGGCCCCAUAUGUGACUUUGUAUAAUGAAAAAGAUGAAUCACAUAAAAAUCUGCUUUCUAGCCUCUGGUGAGUAGAGCUUGAGCUUUGACUGGCAUGGGUCUCUCCGACCUUCAUCACUAUUCUAGGUUAAUGCUGGCGGGCAGAGAUGAUCAAUCAUCAUAUUAAACCAUAAUGAGCUUAUAAUCCUCCCACUGGAGCUGCUAUUGUCUCUUGCACAUUCAUUAGGACUAUUAUCUCCUCUCUUCCUUUUCCAAAUGUGUUCAGCAAACAUUCAACCUGCUCCUACUGAAAAGUAGUAGCAAAGACACCCCUCUUCUCCUUUGUGUGUGUGUGGGUUAUUUAGGAGUCAUGGGGGGGUCUACCUCAGGGACCAUAAGGAAGUGUUUCCAGGAUUUUUACCCAACCUUGACCCCCCCCCCCCCAUCUCUACAAACCAGAGCAGAGCAUCUAGGUCAGUUCAAGGCCAUAUGACCACUUUUUUGAACCAGGGUCAUAUGGGUUUCCAAACCAUUUUGGGGGUACUCUUCCCACCUAUCUGGAGGGAUUACUUUAACCCAAAUCUCCUUGUCAUCUUGGGUACAGCAGUUGCUCCAGGCAGAGAUUUCUCUUCCAGAUCUUUCGUUUCAUAGACCUCAUUAGGUAAUAGGGCCCUGAGAGUAGGUAUACUUGAGGGAGUACCAGCUGUUUCAACUUAGCUUUUUUCUGCACUAAUUAGAAUUGCAAGUGUCACAAGGCCUGGGGCAUUCAAGAUAGCACUGAACUAUCAAUAAGUUGGGUUAACUCUAUGGCAGAAACCAGAGGCCCUGUUCAUUACUUCUAUGCACUUACUGAAAAGGAAGACCGGAGCAUCAGACCAUAUAUGUCACAGGCCUAGAGUGGUUUGGGUAGGCAGAUAUCAUCAGCUAGUUGAUUGAUUAGGUUCAUGUUCAUACUGUUCCAAUAAAAGGGAAGCAAUUGUUGAUUUUCAGCCAAUCUGUCCUAUCUUCACUAAUGUGAUUCAAUAACUCUUUUAGGAUGUUUGGAUGUGUGCUUGAUCUUUACUUCACAGUACCCAGGAUUAGUCAAUACUUUAAGGAGCAAUGUGUAAGUUCUUCUUAGUAACAAUUUCUUGCUCUUUAGGAUAGAAACGGCUAAGUGUGUUGCCUAGGUGUAGGGAGAAUACUGCAUUCUAAGGACUGAUUUAAAGUAACCCUGCUCAGGUGGAGGGCAGUGUUGAUUGGGAAUAAAAGACUAAGAAGUCUCUACAUUUCUGUACAA